AUCAACCCUGGCGAGUCGGGCUGUACUCAGAACCGACAGUGUGAGGCUGUAUGGCCAGGUGCAUACUGUCGAUCUGGAGAGUGUCGUUGUGCGAACAAUCAGCCACCAUUCAGGACCAGAGAUGGCUUGGUCUGCUUAAAUUACGGCUUUUGCCCGCUGAAUGGUAACAAUCCGAAGUUCCGUAUUGAAAAUCAAGUUCAGCAAUGUUAUGGAGGAGCUGACGCGACGUGCGAGGCUAUUGGAGCUCUCGCCUAUGAUUGUGUUUGUGACUCGGAUGACUGUACCGUGAACAAUCCGAUCAGUUUCUGUUGUCCAAGCAGAGCAUUCGCUUGCAUCCAGCCACCAAAUGAGGGUUACACACCACCUGGUGGUGGCACCACCUCUAAAUCACUGGUACCACGAUCCAAUUACCGGAGAAUGCCGAGAGCUGAAAUAUCAAGGCUACGGAGGAAAUGCCAACAAUUUCCAGACAAAGGAUCCAUUGCGAAUCAUACUGUAAGCAAACUUGCAACCGAGGUCUUCCUCUGUACCGUGACCGAACGACAGGAGUCAAACAAGAGCCUGUGUAUUGUCAAGGCAAUGAUAACGGCUGUAACAAUCCGAAUUAUCAGUGCACUACAAUGGGUACUCUCCAGCAAUGUUGCCCAACCUACUUGUUCAUUUGCUCUCGCAACGGUGGUAUACCUACGGAGGUGUACAAUACAGCCGGUGGUCUUCCAACAGGAAUAUUUCGAUGUGGGAAUUCCUGACGGUACUGGAACCACAUCGCCCAGAUUCUAUUAUGAUUCCAGGGAAGGCAGAUGUAUUCAGUUCUCGUACCUUGGCCAAGGAGGUAACUUCAACAACUUCUUGUCGCAGGACCAUUGCGAGAAGUUCUGUUCAAGAAUUCUGUGCUCGGCCGGCGAGCCUUUGAAGGACUCGUCCGGUGAGCGAAACAUGGAAUGCUCUCCAACAGGCAGUGGUGCAAACUCCUGUCCAUCGACCCAUUCUUGCGAGAGUACCUCAGGAUCGACCACUUUUGGUGGUGUUUGCUGUCCACGUCCGCAGUACGUGUGCAAACUUCCGCGUGAGCAGGGUAAUUGCGGAACGUACUCGAACCGAUGGUGGUUCAACGCCAAGACCGGUAACUGUGAAGAGUUCAUCUAUUCGGGAUGUCAAGGAAAUGCGAACAACUUUGAGACUUACAAAGAGUGUCAGGACUACUGUCGCGAUGCCAGA